GUCCCUGCCUGUGCAGGCAGCCGGUCCUGGGGUCUCAGUUCCCCAGCUCUGUGCUUCCGUAAGCCCCAGGAACAAUCCUGGAGGCUCUUUCUCCCUCCAGGCAGAAAUGCUGCCUCCUUCAAUGGGCUCUGUUGCAAAGCCGGGAGGGUUCUCGUUGGUCUCAGGGUGGGGGAAUCCCUUGGCUGACUGCCUGUGCUUCGGCUCUGGUGUUUCAGAGGUCUCACCUCAGCCCUUGCCCACAGUUUGCAGCUACACGUCCCUGCUUGUUGACUGUUCCUCCUCGUUUCAAGCUCUUAAUGCUGCAAGGGACAGGGAAGACAUGGGGGCAGUGUUUUGUACCCACGCGCUGAGGUGGUUGCGCUUGUAACAGUGCAAAGUCGGUGUGAAAUGGGAAGAGUGAGAAGCACUGACAGUGGUGAGCCAGCCCCACCAGUGUCCCAUCUGGUCACGGGUGCUCCCACCCCUCUGCCUCUGGAGGUGGCCCUGGGCUCUCCACCUUCACAGGGGAAUGUGUCCCCACAACCACAAGGUUGGUGUUGGUAGCCUCAAAGCCCUUGCAUGUCUACUCCAGGAGAGGAAGGUUACCUCCGUGACCGGCAAGAGCAGGGAAAGAUUCCUGGUGGCUGAAUGGUGGGGCAAGGCCAAGGUAAGAAGGGACUGGCCAGGUGUCAGGCGCAGGUGCCCAGCGGGACCAGCCUCUGCUGUGGUUCACAGUCUGAGGUCUCUGUUUAUAGCCCAAGAGGGUCCCUCAUUGUGCCCCGUUUUGCCUUGUGGGUGCCGUCACACACGGUGCCCUCCCUGCACCAGGGAGGCUGUGGGAUGGCUGGGGGUGUCCUGGCAGUGGUGUGCCAGUGUGAGUCAUGCCCAAAGCUGGGCUGAGUCACCUCCCCAGUGAUGUGAGCAUCAGGUGAGGAGCUUUCUCAGACUCACAUCCUGGUGACAAAGGCAGUAUGGCUUCUCACCACGGGGUGCCAGAGGUGGGCGCAACAGAAGGUUGCUGCAGCAUGUGCAUAGUGCCAUAGCAGUGUGGCAGCUGUCCACUGUCCCUGUGGCUUCACUUACCACCACAGCCCUGAGGGUACCUGCCCUGCUGCACCCCCAGGGUGCAGCACAAGGUCCCCUGCCCCUCCGUAGUGGUCACCUCUGUGCUACAAUAGGCAUGUGGACUCCAUGGGCCAGUGUCACUGGCUGAAGCUUCUGUUUUUAAUCCCAGGUCCCAGCAGCCUGUCAUGUCUGUGGUUAGCAGAACAGCUCCAGCAUACCCACCCCUUUCCAUGGCCCCUGGUGCUGCAGCGUAGUGCAGGGGCAGAUGGAUGGGCUGUGGUAGGAUGAGCCUUGCCCUGCUCCUGCUGCUGUUUCUGGCCAGCUGCUCCCUGCUCCAGGGCACGCUGCUGAGGCCAUGGCGCAUGAGGUUGGAGGCACGGAACUUCCAUGUCUGGCUGUGCUGGGAGCCAGACCCCAGCUUACCCAGCUCUGCCACCUAUGAGGUGGAGUGGAGGAACAGAACCUCGAACUGGACCAAGGCAGGUGCCUGUGGGAGGAACAGCAGAAACUCCCAGGGCUGUGAGCUGUAUUUUGACAGGAUUCAUGAUAUCUACUGGGCACGGGUGAGAGUGGUGGCCGGAGGUGAGCAGUCCGAGUGGGCCAGUUCCAGCGAGCUGCAGCUGUACAGAGACACAAUUGUUGGCCCCCCCAAGUUGUCCUUUCUGCUCCAGGACCAAACUCUCAGCGUAAACAUCACCACACCACUCACUCCCUACCGGAGAAGAACUGGUUCCUACAAGCGAGUCAACCAAGUGCUGCUGAAGCUGUGGUAUUGGCUGCACCUGUACGAGGGGGACCUGCUUGUCCAGCAGGUGCCCUGCAAACGGAGGAGCGAGGAAGUGCCUUGCACCUUUGGGCACCUGAAGCCCAGCACACAGUACUGUGUCCGGACGAUGGCUGCAGACAUUGCCAGGGAGCGGAGCCAGGAGGCUGAGCGGUGCCUGGUGACUCCAGCAGCCCCUUCAGGUUUUUCAUGGCUCCCUGCUGUGCUGAGUGUCUUCUUCCUCCUGCUGCUGCUCCUAAGUGUGGUCGGAUUCUGCUUCAUGUGGCAGCAUGUCUUUCCCAAUCCUGCAGAGACGUGCCUCCCAAAAGCAUUGGCUCUCCAGAAGAGCGAGCUGAGUGUGACCAUGCAGGUGCCUCCACUCCAGCUUGAGGAGGACCCCCUGGCCCAGCUCCUGCAGACUGCGCUCCCCUCCCACAGGCCACCCACAGCUGUGCAGGCAUCAGCCACGGUCCCACAGCUCCUCCAAGGCCUUGCCCAGGAUAUGAGUGGCUACUGUGCCAAUGGGUUUGGCCCAAACUGCACUGAGGGAAGGGAGCCAUCCUGCACCCACAGUCAGCUGGGGCAUGCCUUAGCUUCCCAGGUCCCCUCACAGCUGAAGAAGGAUGGGGAGGCAGGUCAUGGGGAUGAUUUGCCACAGCAGCUGGUGCUAGUGGGACUGGCUGGACACAGCUACAUAGGUGACAGGGACAGCCAGACACCUGAGAUAUGGCUCCCCCUGCACCUCCAGCUUUAUUCUAAAUGCCAGUGCCCAGUCCUGGGAGCAGGCAGCCACCUUCCUCUGCCCGUGCCAAGCAGAAGCUGCAGCCAGGAGUACCUGCAGCAGGAGAGUCUUGGCACAGCUGAGCACUGGAUCAGGCUCAGCUCCGUGAAGCUCCUGGCCAGCAUGGAGGCAGAGGGAGGGCAGCGCCUCUGUGCUCCCCAAGCCCUGCAUGGUGACAGGACUGAGCUAGAACAAGGUGACAGCACCAUGCAGCAAGGCUACUCGGAGCAGGCAGAACCGUGUCUCUCCAGCCCCUGCCAGCUGCCCCCCUCGCCCCGCAGGGUCCUGAGGCCAGCUGCCUCAUCCGGCUACGAGCCACGGCCCCCCAUCCAGCAGUGAGCCAUAGGAGUGGGGCUCCCCAGCAGCCUCCAGCUCCCAGCAGAGCCCAAGGCGCCUCGCCGAGCUCCCUGGCCGUGAUGGCUGCGUGUCCUAACCUGCUGCUGCAGGGCUGGGGAUGGCACUGGGGCAGACUCUCAGGGGCAGGCAGAGACAUAUUCCGGGCACGGCCACCAAGGAUCCGCCAAGGGAUCCGGAGCUUUCCUCUGGGACUUUGGUGCUUGAGACACAGCAUAAGGAGCGUGCACCAACGCUGAGCCCCCAAAACUCUUAUCUAGAGAUGUGUCUGUAUGUGUGCAUGUAUGGUACAGUAGCUAUACUAAUGUAUAUACAUAUAUAUUUAUAAAGCUCUUUAAUAAAAAAAUA